ACACAGACGAAACCAGGGCCAGUAACACCAGCCCUACGGUAGCUGAGAAAAGGAAAAAAAAGAGUUAAAUCGUGUGAGGAAAAGGCGCGGCCGCCCCUCCCCUCAGCGCAGCCGGCGGCAACAUGGCCGCGCUGGCCACAGCCCUGGCGGCGGCCGCCGGGCAGCAACAGAAUGAGGGCUGUUCCAGCGCUGCAGGUGCUGGUCUACAAUUUCAGAACUGGAAGAUGAAAGCUGAGCCAGCUAAGAAAGUUGAAUUCAUAAGAAGUGCAGAAAAGCUAAAAGCUCAGCUUGCAAAUAUAGAAAAAGACAAAAGUGGACUUCUUUAUAAUAGGAAGAGUGAUUUCAGGGUAGAAUACAGAAUUCUAGAGGAUCUGGAACGCAGCAUGACUGUCAGCAGAAAAAUGGAAAAAGCUAAAAUCCUGCAGCAGCUAUCAAAAAUACAAAACAAUGUGAAGAGACUUCAGCAACAAUUAAAGGAUGUGAAGCCUACACCAGAAUUUGUUGACAAGCUCAAGGAAAUGAUGGAAGAAACUGAAAACGCAAUCAAUGCUUUUAAAGAGGAACAGAGGCAAAUAUAUGAACAGCUUUUGAAAGAGGAAAAAGCUACCAUUAAUGAGCUCAGUCUCUUUGAGAGAAAAGUGGAACUGUGGGCAUUAGGCAGCUUAACAACAGAAAAAGUUUUGAAAGUACCAUCAGCCAGGGUUACAGUUGAUAAAACACUGGAAAAUCAUCUACCCAAAGAAGUAGUAGAGUUUGAAAGAUUCCUUCAGCAAACAGGAGGGCGGCAAGGAGGCUGGGAUGAUUAUGAUCAUCAAAAUUUUCUGAAAGUACGGACUAAAUACAGAGGAAGGCUGUCUUACAUGGAUAAAGCCCUUCAGUAUCUCGGUGGAAGAACAAAAGAAGAUAUUGAACAGCAUGACAAAUGGUAUCAAGAAUUUCUAAUUUUACAUGAAAGAAAGAAAGAGUCAAUUAAGAAGUGGAAAGAAAAGCAGCAGGAAGAAAAAGAAAGAAACCUGAAGGAGAAAGAGAGAUCAGAAAAAAUGCUCAAGCAAAAAUGGCGACAGCAUGAAGAAGCUCAGAAGCAAAAAGCAGAAGAAGAAAGAAAAAGAAAACAAGCAGCAGUUGAAGCAUGGAAGAAACAGAAAGCAACAGCAUUUGCAAUGGAACAAGUGUCACAACUGAAACUAGAAGAGAGAGAGAAAAGGCAGGAAAAAGAGCGCCAAUGCCACGUGAAGUUACUGUUGGAAAGGAAUACCUUGCAGAAGAAAGUAAAGGAGGAACUUGAAAAGCUUGAAAUUGAGAAGAGAGAGGAAGCUGAAAAGGAGGAAGGGAAGAAAAUUGCUGCAGAAAAAAUUUCUAGGUUUCAAGAGCGUGAUCUACAUAAACUGGAGUUAAGGGUUUUACAGAAACAAGCUAAAGAAAUAGAGGAACAAGAAAAAGAAAAAAAGUUGGCAAAGUUGAGAGAGAAGGUCGAGAUUCAGGUAACCAGAGACCGAUCCGAGUUGCACAAAGCUACCAAGGGCUGGGAAGAACGUAGGAAGGAGAUGGCACCAGCAGCUUCAGAACCACUGUUACGUGUUACUCACAGGGCUGUCCCAGCCUGGAGAGGAGGGCUAUAGCUGCGCCCCAGCCUGUCCCUGCCGCAAGAGGAAGCAGCAGCCAGCACUUUUCGGAAGCCAGCACAGAGUUAGCUUGACACAUGACGUGUCAAGCCUUUGUAUUUUGAGAGUGUCGGGUUGGGAAUGCUGCCUGUGGGACCGGCCGGGCGUGAUGUCCCUUCGCAUUAAAAGCACGUUUCCCCACA